AUGAGAUUACGAUUUGCACCUUCACCCACAGGUAGUCUACAUAUUGGUGGUCUACGUACUGCUCUAUUUAACUUUCUGAUUUCUUCAAAACUUGGUGGUUCAUUGAUCCUGCGUAUUGAAGACACAGACAGAAAACGUUAUCAAGCAGGCGCAAUUGAUAGCCUCAUUAAUUCGCUCACUUGGUCUGGAAUAACUUUCAACGAAGGUCCUCACAUCGGUGGCCCAUUCGGAUCUUAUAUCCAAUCUGAGCGAUUAAGUUUAUAUAGAAACGCAAUUGAGCAGCUGUUGGAGUCAAACGCUGCUUACCGUGAUUACGCUAGUCCUGGGCAUCCAGUUAAGACGUGCGAUCAACACUUACACAAACCACACGUCGUUAGAUUCAAGCUACCUCAAUCUGACACUCACUUCACUGACACCGUCUAUGGUGACAUCACUUUCCCCUCAUCUAAACAUCCCCAAAUGGGCUUCACUAAUGACCCUAUUCUCCUCAAAUCUGACGGAUUCCCUACUUACCACUUAGCCAGCGUUGUAGACGAUACUCACAUGCAGAUUUCUCACGUUCUACGCGGUGAAGAAUGGCUCUCUUCCAUGCCAAUCCACUUGGCUCUCUACAAAGCUCUAGAACACCCUCCACCUAAUUUCGCCCACCUUCCACUGCUCAUCAACCCAGACGGUUCGAAGCUAUCCAAACGGUCUGGAGAUGUAUCUGUUGAUACUUAUCAGGCUAAUCAAUGGGAACCUGAAGCUCUGAUUAACUUCACCGCUCUUAUGGGUUGGAAUGCUUUGCGCACGGCUGAUCCUACCAACCCAUCAGAUUUCUUAUCUAUCCAAAGUCUAAUUGAUCGCUUUGAUCUCAGGGACGUUCCUCACAGACGCGCUGCUAUGUUUACUGGCAAGUUGCAGUUCCUCAACAAGCAGCACCUCGGCAAAAAAGUAGAGCAAGGCGAUAAAGGUGUACUUGAUAGAUUCAGAGCUAUGCUCGAUCUGCACCUCUUUGUCGAUGGAUUCCAAUUCGAUGAUGAGUAUUUACUUCAUGUACUCAUCCUCAUUAAGGACCGCAUCAAUAACCUCAGUGAAGCGGCUCAGAUGGGCGACUAUUUCUUCGUCGAACCUUUGUACAACUCGCUCGACGCUAAGCUCGCGUACGAUAGUACUACUAAGGAUAAUAUAGAUGCAGUUCUGAAAGCCGUAUCUAACGCCUUGCACAAUUUACAAGACUGGCAGACAGACACGCUCAACUCUCACCUCAAACACCAACAAAAAUUACUUAAUUUGAAGACGAAUGAGUUCAUGAUGCCAUUGAGAUGGGCUCUCACUGGUAAGAAGAUGGGUCCGAGUAUUGCACCAACCAUGCAACUACUCGGUAAAGAAAGAACAUUACAUAGACUACUAAAAUAG